GAUAUGAACUGAAGUAGACGAGCUAUUGGUCCUACGAACACACUCGCACACAUCGACACACACCAAAUCACCGCACAAAGUAAACAGACGUCGAGUCAGCCGAUGUCGAUUAGAGAGCAAGUCAGUGUGUGAAUGUAUGUUGUUUUUAAUCGAAUAUACCGCGUCAAAUGGAAUCAGUCACGUAGGACAUGUUCAAGUGAUCAGUUCAUUCGUGUCGAAGCAAAAGAAAAAUUUCCGUUUAAUUCCAAAUCGGUUUGUGGAUUUUGAUAUCAUUCAAACUAGAAAAGCAGCACUUUUUUUGUGCGUUGAAAUAAUCAUAAUUAUUCAAUUGAACCGCCAUUCAAAGAGCCUAAUGCGAAUCAUUUAUUUCUAUCGAGUGAAAGGAAUCAUAUUUUUCUCUUCGUCUCUUUGUCACUUUCUUUCUUGCCGUGCGAUCAAGUCCAAGUUAAACUAAAUAAAAAAAAACAGCAACAACUACAUCAUAUUGUCUGCGUUAAGAUUCCGAUAGUUUGGGUAGAGCGACACAUUCACAUUUUCAAUUCGACGACUAAUAUCGCAGGUGUCGCACAUCAAGCAGAAACAAUAUAAUCAAUUAGACGCAGCCAAGUCAAAAAGUAAAGAGAAAUUUUGCUUGAAUUUGGUUUCCCUCUGAAUAAACGCAGAGAAAACUAAGGCAACCAUACUUUUCUCGCGUUGUUAUCAUCGUGAAAUCGGGCUCGCUUUGUAAUCACCAAUACCAAAGAUUUUGUGUGCUGUUUACUUUCGCGAUACAAUUUGACAAAUUCGAAAGCCUAUCGAGAAGUGUGUCAAAUUUACCGGAAAACCGACGACGACGACAAAAAUAAAUAUAGCCAAUCGAGAACGGAUUUUUUUUUUAUUUGACAUUGUAAUUUGUUAUCAACGCGAGCAAAAGAAACCAAGAUGUUCUCGAAACUGACUAAAGUCACGUCGACACUUCCAUCCCUCGCCAAACAAGUGGUACGUGCCAAUCAACACAUUAACCACCACGCUAAAUGGAUCUCCACCAGCUCAGGAAAUAAACGCAGCGAUGUACUCACACAAAACCAACAACAACCCAAUGACAAACUGAAAUUGGAACAACAGGAACGAUGGCGCGUUCGACGCACCGAAAGAUUCUUAUCGACUCUGAAUUACUCGAUGCCGUUGGCGGCAAACUCGACCGCUGUAUCGAAAGACGAAUGCCGUGAAUUUAUGUCCGUCUUCCCAGAUCUUGUGCGUGAUUUGACGGAAAAGGCUAAGAAAUAUGACUCAAAAGAUGCAUCAAAAUGGUUGGCUCGGGCUCUUCAAUACAAUGUCCCAUGCGGCAAAAAGAAUCGUGGAUUGGCCACGGUGUUGGCGUAUAAAUCAUUGAUUGCAAAUGAAUCCGAAUUGACACCAGAGAAUGUUCGUCUUGCUCACUAUCUCGGUUGGUGCGUUGAAAUGUUGCAAUCAACAUUUUUAAUCAUGGACGAUAUUAUGGAUGGUAGUCAAACACGUCGUGGCCAACCGUGCUGGUAUAAAUUGGAAGAUGUCAAAUUGACCGCCAUCAAUGACGCCCUCAUGAUUGAGAACUGUAUUUAUGUUAUUUUGAAGAAAUAUUUUAGCCAUUUGCCCAGUUAUAUGAAAUUAGUCGAACUAGUCCAUGAAACAAUGCUCAUCACCACCAUUGGCCAAUCGCUGGACUUGCAAACGGCCAAUCGGGAUGUUAGCUGCUUUACAAUGGAUCGAUACAAAUCUAUUGUUGACCACAAAACCGCUUAUUAUACAUUCUACUUACCGGUUGCAUUGGCUAUGCAUUUGGCUGGAUACGAAGAUCCAGAGGUAUUCCGCCAAGCAAAAACGAUCCUCCUGGAAAUGGGCCACUUUUUCCAAGUACAAGACGAUUUCCUCGACUGCUUCGGUAAUCCAGAGGUAACGGGCAAAAUUGGCACCGAUAUCCAAGACAACAAAUGCACAUGGUUAUCUGUUUUGUGCAUGCAACGUGCCACCGAAGCACAGAAGCAAAUCAUGAGAGAUUGCUAUGGCAAACAUGAUGAGGAAUGUGUGAAUCGUGUAAAGCAAUUGUACGAAGAUUUGGGUCUUCCACACACCUACAGCUUAUACGAGGAAGAAUCAUACAAUUUGAUUAAGACUCACAUUCAGCAAACAUCGCGUGGCGUGCCACAUAGCAUCUUCUUUAAAAUUAUGGACAAAAUCUACCGUCGUGAAAGUUAAAUUACGACGUUUGGUGCCGACGAUGUCACGUUCAAAUGUUACAGUUUGCAAGGAAAACUGAUGCAAAUCGAAGAAGAAACAACCAAUUGUUAUUUCAAAUUACAUCAAUCUUCUUCUCUACUAUGAUAUCUACUAGUUUAGACGCAGAAAAACAAAAACAAACAAACUGUAGCUGUAUUCCAAGUGAAAACAAUCAAAUCAAUACUGAACACAGAUAUAUAUUAUAUAAAAUAAGUUGAAAAAAAAAAGGUUUAAAAAAAAGUCAUAGAUUUUAUUUUCAUUUCUUUGUAGAAUCCUAGAUUUUAUUGACUGUUCAAAAAAAAAAGAUUACUUAGGGGUAAAACAAACAACUACCCAUUAGGAUCCGAAUGCAAUUUUUCAUUUGUAACUCUUUCUAUGUUAUUGAAGAAGAAGAAAAAACACAUGACGAAUUUGAAUUGAUUUAGUGAUGAAAAAAUCAGGCAGAAAAAAAAAUGGUUUUUAUGAGUAUUACAAACUCUUUUUUUUCUAGAUUGGCCAUAAUUUAUGUUCAUUACAAUGGAAUUGAUAUUCUAAGUUAAGCGCUCCCCAUAUCCAUUUACUUAUCCAAUAAAAUUGUAUUAAAUGUUUUGUAAACGAAAGUUAGACAACAACAACUACACACACAAAAAAACGAAUAAAAAUAAAAAAUAAAAACAUAAAGAAA